AUGCGCCCGCCCCGCGAUUCGAACUCCACCGCGCCUCCGCAGUCGCCGUCUCGAGCGGAAGCUGCGCGAUUCGAGCUCGCCGAAAACGCGCGACUCGCGCUCGAGGCCAAGUCCGCGCAGGUGGAGGGACUCAAGGUGAAGCUCGCCGCCGCCGAGGCCGCGCUCAGGGAACGCGACGAGCGCGAGCGCGAGGAGCAAGCAGCGAGGGCGUCCAGCGAACACGCGGGCGUCAUGCACGAGGCGGACCGACUCGGGGAUGAGAUGAAGGGAGCCCUGGGUAACGUCAAGGCGUUCAUGCGACGCGCGUGGACGGGAGCCGGGCAGACGGCGUCGUCGGAAACUGACGACGUCACCGCCGGGAAUCGAACCCCCGAACGACGCGCGACGAACGCACGCGACGGACCACACACGCCCUCGUCCGCGAUGCGCAGCAAGGCGAAGACGAGCAUCGUGGAGAAGCCGGCGGCGCGGGGCGCGUACCUGCGCGCGGGCGGUGACUCACCGGGCGGUGACUCAUCACUCGUCGGUCGACAAAGGCCCAAGACGGUCGCGUUCGUCGGCGAUCGCGAGCAGCGGCGGCUCGAGCGCGAGGGCGAGGUGGUGGCGGACAACGCGCGCCUGCGACGGACGGUCGGCGAGCUGGAGCAGAGGCUUAAAAGGCUGGCGCGGGUGGCGAGACGCGCCACCGACGCCGCCGAGUCGAAGUUUGCGGAUGAACGCGCCGCGCGACUGGACGCGGAGGCGGCGUGCGAGCGGCUCAGGGCGGCGUUAGAAGAGGUAGGAGGAGCGGGGCGGUCGAGCGGCGUCGGCGAUGAGGUUGGUAAAGUCGGCGCGUUUGGUCGUUCGCUCGUCGAGGAGCUCGAGACGUCGAGGUCGGCGUGCCGCGACGUGCUGCUCGUCGCCAGAUGCGCGGCUCGGGUGAACGCUUCGGACCCCGCCGCGAUCGUCGCCGCGCUUCCCGCGCUCGCCGCGCUCGCCGGCGAACGCCAGGGCGACACCGCGCACGCUUUAGCGGACAACGGCGUGGUGGCGUCGGCGGCGGCGGCGAUGGAGGCGCACGGACGAGACUCGUCGGUGGCCAAAGCCGGGUGCGAGCUGAUCGCGACGCUGGCGAGGGGCGGCGGGCCGAGCGUCCUGAGGGGUCUCGCGGGGUCGGCGAGGAAAGCCGCCGCGGCGGUGGCGAGGGACUUCACGACCCCCGCGAGCGGCGGCGGCGGCGGCGGCGGCGGGCGAGCGGGGAGCCAGAAAUUCUCGCCUCGAUCGCCCGCGGCGCACAACCCGUCCGUCGCCGUCGUCGACGCGCUUCGUCGGCACGCGAACGACGCCGCGACGUGCGCCGCCGCGGCGGACGCGGCGUGGGCGGCGUCGCAUCACGGCGGCGUCGCCGUCGCCUCGAGGCUCCUCGCCGACGGUGUCGUCGCCGCGUUGGCCGACGCGAUGGCGCUUCACCCGACGGAUCACGACGUCGUCUCCAAGGGGUCGCACGCGGUGUGUUGCGUGGCUGCGACGUCCGCGGCGAACGCGGCGGAGGCGGCGUCGCAGGGGGGCGCGGCGGCGGUGGCUGCGGCGAUGAGUGACGGCGCCGCGGACGCGAUCGCGGCGUAUCCGAGCACGGAGCGGUGGGUCGCGGAGCACGGAGCGGCGGUGACUCACCGGGCGGUGACUCACUCGUCUCGGUCUCGGUCCCGGGCCGUUUACGCAGCCGGCGGCGGCGCGGGUGACGACGUGGACGACGAAUCGUGGCUCGUGGAGUACGAACGAGGUGUCAUGGAGAGGACCGCGGGGAGGGCGCCGAGGAAGGUGGAGGUUGAGGAGGAGGAUGGGGAGGAUGGGGACGGGGACUCGGGCUCGUUCGAUUUCGACUCAAACUUGUAG